AUGGCAGAGGAGGUGAACUAUGACGAACUGGCGGACUUGCUAGGGUCGAAUGGGGGUUUUAUGAGUGAGGCCGCCGACGGCGUGGUGGGCAAACAUGAGAGGGAUAGGCUGAGGAAGCACAAAAAGCACAGGAGAGACAAAAAGCGGUCACGUGAGGAGGAUAAUGCCGGGUCUUCCGAUGAUAAGCGCGUUAGGUCCAAGUACGUCCUGGAUGCCGCAGAGAGCGGCGACUCCAAUGACGAGGACGAGUUGUCUGAUGCAGACCUCGUCGAUGAUGACGAGGAGGUUGAGGACGUCAACUACGAUGAUCGUCCGAAGCGCUACAUGUUCCACGAAGGCGACGACAAGAAAAGCGUGGAUGAAAUGGCUCGCUACUACGAGGAGGUUGAUCGACACUACCACCGGCACGGAGACAAUGAAGAUGCACUGCUGACACGCAGCGACCUGUCCUCACGUCGCCUCGCCUCACAGUUUCUGCCACGCGAGGACGACCCGAAGGUAUUCGCUGUCAAGUGCCGCCCUCGGAUGUCACGCAUGCUAGUGACGCGUAUUGUGAACAAAUGCUACGCCUACCGUGUUGGGCGCAACUACGAGCACAAGAAGGUCGACCUCGGCAUCAUCUCCGUCUUCGCGCUGGAUCACGUGAAAGAGUACAUCUAUGUCGAGGCGAGUCGCAAGCGCUUCGUGGAGAACGUGCUCAACGGUCUCGAUGGCGUCUUCCGCUUCAACAUCGCCGUGGUGGACCCCAAGGAGCUUCUACAGACAAUGGAGACGCGUCCGUCCACGCAGAAGGUGCGUGUUGGCGACUACGUGCGCCUGCGCCAGCGCUUUUAUCGUGGUGACCUUGCUCAGGUGACGGCGCUGCACCCGGACGGGGUUCAUAUCACGUGCAAGGUGGUUCCCCGCGAGGACUUUGUACAGAAGCCAUUCAAUAAGGCGACGAAGCGACUUGAGCCUCGCUUCUUCACACCGCGGCAGGCGGUGGAUGUUCGAGAGAUGGAGAACUCAUACGUGUGGGGUGAUCUGCAUUUUGACCGGGAGGGCUAUCUCCUCAAGACUGUUUCGACUCGCAUGGUGGUGUCGGGAGCGCAGCUAGAGCAGCCCAGUAUCGAGGAGCUCGCCAGGUUCUACAACGAUCAGCGCGAAAAGGUGGAGCGGGCCCUCAGGGCAGCGGAGGCGGCUGCGCAGGUUCCACCCAUUAGCAUUGGUGACUCCGUUCGUGUGACGACAGGACAGCUGCGCAACACUAUUGGAGUGGUGGAAAACGUGUUCACCAAUACGAACACGGCCGUACUCACUUGCACAGUGCCUGGCCGCGUGCAGCCCAUCAAGGUGCAGGUAGAGCUUAGCGCGUGCACAAAGCACUUCUCUGAAGGCGCGCACGUCGUAGUGGAGCGUGGUGAGCACGCUGGUGAGUCCGGUACCGUGGUCAAGUCCUGGGGCAGCAUCGUGUUGUUGUUCCCGGACCGCGCCGCCGUUGGGGCGGAACUCAAGGUCGAGGCGAACGACUGCCACCAGAGCAAGCUGGGAAGCGUAUCUGUUCACUCGAAGGGAGUGUGGCAGGUGUUUGAUCUCGUCUCCAUUACGGAGCCAAACUGUGUUGGCUGCAUCGUGCGCCUGAACCGCAGCGAUGUGGAUGUGCUGACGGAGAACAACGACGUGCGCACGUUGUCGUACGCGCAGGUGAACGCGGUGGGGCGUGACACACGCCAGACGACGGACUGCCGCGAAAACACGCUUUCUCGAGGCGCGGAGGUGCACAUCCAGAAGCACCCCUGGACACCGAUUGGCCUGGAGGGGCAAACGGGCCGCAUCGAGCACAUCUUUCACCGGACCAUCUUUGUGCGCUGUCGCGCAUCGCCCCUUCAUGCGAACAUAGUGGCAUUGAAGGCAGAGUGCGUGCUCCUCAUCGGCGGCCGCAAGACGACUCGCCGCACUGCACCGGCGCAGGAGGUGGCGACGGGAAUGAGCGCAGACCAAUACGCCGCGGCUGCCGUUCGCCUCUCUGCUGGGCAGAGCCGCGACUCGGAGCUAUGGGAUGAGAGCUCGAUGAUGGACGUCAAUGCAUCCGCGAUGGCCUAG